AUGGAGAUGCGUACUACCACCUUCUUCGUUCUCUUUCUACUUUCUGCCUUCACCUCGUACCUUCCUUCAAGCACCGCGGAUGUGCUAGACAUGAAGGGUAAUUCUGUUCUGUAUUCUUCUGCCUAUUACUUUCUUAUUCCGCACGAAGCAAGUAUAAACGGUGGGGGUGGUCUAGGCAUUAGCCGUACAGGAAACGAAACCUGUCCUUUAUCUGUUAUCCAAAAUUCAAAUUCUUCUGUUUAUGGUACACCGGUGAAAUUUAGAUCAGAUCCGCCGGGUUUUCUUUACGUCGGAGAAUUGGACUAUUUAAAUAUUCAGCUUCCUUAUGAUCUUAAGUGUAGUGGCGCCACUCCUUCUGACUGGACUGCUUUGGGGGAUGAUGAGAAAGAGCAACUCUAUGUUAAAAUUAAAGGAUACGACAACACUGUAUCGGGUUUAUUUCAAAUUCGGAGCGUUCCGGGUUACUUUCUGGGCUACAACCUCUUGUUCUGUCCCUCGGGCCCUCGUCCUCGUAAAUGCAGCUACCUUGCGGUUGAGGUCGAUGAUGGAGAAAACAGGCGUUUGGUGGUGAGUAAGAGUGACGAAAAUCGCUUGGUGGUUAAGUUUAAGAAAUUCGGGGAAAGAUUCAAAGCAAGUGCAUGA